AUGCCCCCAGAACAGACUGACCAAAGAACAUCAGAGCAAAACAACUCAUUGCAAGAUAUCAACUCUAACGCUAUCGAUCCAAGAGCGCCUACCUUUACUCAGGCUAGGCAGCAAGUUGAUGAACGGCGUCAAAAUAAUCAACAUGGCCAUCAAACACAGACCCAAAGAGUGGCCACAACCAUUAAACUAUUUCCAUUAGCUGAUUCGGUUAAUUUUGCGCAUAAAGAGCUUCGCUUUAGCCCCGGGAUGGAGAUGAAGGUUGGGCGGGUGAGCGGAAGUCGAAAUCAAAGAGAAUCAAAGCAAGAUAAUGGUGUAUUCUUGUGCGAUGUAAUGUCGAGAGAACAUGCCUUGUUACAGGAAAUAGAUGGAAAGAUUUGGAUUAAAGACAUGAAGAGUACGCAUGGCACUUUUAUAAAUAAUUUUCGCAUUGGCAAUGGAACAGCGCCAAGUGAAUUUUAUCCUUUGAAACAUAAGGAUAUAAUCACUUUUGGACAUAGCGUGCGACGUAAUCAAAAUCUAUAUAAACAUUUAUCGGCCUAUGUAUGGUACCCAUCCGAGAGUGGAGGUAUAGAUCCACCUUCUCCUGUGGUCGUAGAUCGUCGGGAGGCUAAUCCUCAAAGUGCACCAGUGAAUAAUACAACAAUCAAUGGAAUUGGUAAUGGCGUUGUUGGUAAUGGUGUUGUUAGCAAUAAUUAUACGGCCCGACAAAGAGAUAUUGUGGAGAAUGGCAACACAAACACGCGGUCUAUCCCACCGCAUUCAAAUGCAAGACCUGAUCAUAUUGAUCGAGCAAAUAAUCGUUUACAACCACCAAUUCAUCGUGACACACGAACGCACACUACUCCGCCACAAUCACAGCAACCACAAAAUCAUAAUCAAGAACCCAAAAUGGAAGCAAUCGAAAUAGAGUCAGACGCAGAAAAUGACAGCAUACGAGAACUGAAAAAAGAACAUGCCACAUCAUCAAUCUUACCUAACGAUAAUGAAAAAGCUGCAUCAGAUAUCGUGAAAAAUGAACGCAUAACAUCAAUUCCAUCAACAGAAAAUAUCGUAGUGAAAAAGGAGCAGGUCGCAUCAACGACACUAAAAGAUGUAAAUAAAUCUAAAGAUCAUUCUCACCAUGCCAAAACAAAAGAAUCGACUAUUCCAAAUUCCAAGGGACUUUCACUUCCGAAGUCAAAAUAUUCUGCAGAUAUUGAACAAGCAAAAGAUCCUUCUUCUAAUGAACAUACAAUAACAAAUCAUCAAAAUGAAGCUUCCAAAAUUCCAAUUCCCAUUGCAACUAAAUCAAAUGAACUCUCUGAUAAACGUAAUAGAGAUUCACAAUCGGUGGAAUUUGGGAAAAAUGAAAUUCAAAACGAUAAUAAUCAAGCAGAAAAUUUUGAACGAGAACAUGAUCAAUCAUCCGAUUCGAAACUAGACAUGGAGUUGGAUAAACUUGAAAGCGACGACGAAGGCAAGACAUCUGAAGGUAAAGAAGUAAGAUUAAUACCAUCCAGAAAACGUACACAUGAAGAAAUGGAAUACGAAGAAAUAGAAUUCGAAAUUGCUGAAUAUUCUCUAGAGCAUGUUAAUCUGCUACGAAGACAGUUAGCAGUAGCUGAAGCAAAUAUCGAACGAAAAAGGAAACGAGUUAGAUGGGAAGUGGCAAGCUCUGUUAUUGCAGGCAUGCUUUUUGGAGUUGUCUCAUUAGCGGGUGGUGCUGCUGUCGCAUUAUUUAAUAGUUAA